GCGACGAGAAGGAGGAGGAGGCGGUGACGGUGACAACGACGAGAGUAAACGGGGGCCGGCGCGCACCAGGAGCGCGCGGAGUGCCUCAGCCCCCUCCCCAGCUCCCUCAGCGGCCUGGCCCGCAGCCCCACUAGGAGGGCUGCUAUAACAUAGAUCAUGAGCAGGUAAUGCACAAGGAGUGCUAUUGGGAAUCAUGUCGGACGAGUCAGUCUCAGGGAGUGAUCCAGAUGUGGACCCAGAUUUGGAGCAGGAGGAUAUGGAAGAGGAAGAGGAGGAAGAAGAUGAGGAGGAAGCAAUGGAGGAGGACAAUGAUGGAGAUGAUGAAGAGGACUUACUUGAUGAGAAUGACCAGUCCCGUGAAGCAGUGUUUGAAAGCGAUCUUGUUCAACAUGGGGAAGAUGGGGAAUGGCAGCACUCUACUUCAACUACCUCAUCUCAGAGUGAACAGGCAGAGAAACUGUUGCAGAACCAGCACAAGAGCCUGGCCUCUGAGGACACCAAAAAGAAGAGGGCUCAGAAACCUUCUCACAUGAGGAGGAACAUAAGAAAGCUGCUGCGGGAAGACCAGCUGGAGGCUGUAACAAAAGCAGCACAGCAGGAGGAACUGGAAAGAAGGAAACGGCUGGAGCAGCAAAGGAAGGAUUAUCAAGCCAGCAUCCCCACAGUACCUCUGGAGUUUCUCCCAGAGGAAAUUGCUUUAAGAACCGCAGAGGUUGCUCAGCUUCCCCCACAAGUGUUAAGUGAAGAGGUCAUCUGCUUAGACAGCACCAGCAGUGGUAGUGAGGAUGACUCCAAAGGAAGACUCCAUAGCAUUAAAGAUGAAGUGAUAGAAUUAAGUUCAGGAGAAGAUGAAGCCCUCCAUAUUGUGGACAGCAGUGAUUCUGGCAAUGAAGGAGAUGAUGAUACUAAUGAAGAGAGCAGUGGUGCUCAUGUGAAUGAUGCUCUAAAUCAGUUAGAUGCUUCAGGGCAAGUAAUCGUUAACAUCAACCAUCCACCAAAUGAAGAAGACAUUUAUCUGGCUCCUCAGCUUGCACGAGCAGUAAAGCCUCACCAGAUUGGUGGUAUUCGUUUCCUGUAUGAUAAUUUGGUAGAAUCUCUGGACAGAUUUAAAACCAGCAGUGGGUUUGGCUGUAUCUUAGCUCAUAGCAUGGGGCUGGGCAAGACUCUGCAAGUCAUCUCCUUUUUGGAUGUACUUUUCCGUCAUAUUGAAGCAAAGACCGUCCUGGCCAUUGUACCUGUAAAUACUCUUCAGAACUGGUUAGCAGAGUUCAACAUGUGGCUUCCAGCACCAGAAGCCCUCCCUGCCGACUAUGACCCAAAAGAGAUUCAGCCUCGCACUUUCAAAGUUCAUAUCUUGAAUGAUGAACACAAGACCACUGCAGCACGUGCCAAAGUGGUAACUGACUGGGUGACAGAUGGUGGUGUAUUGUUGAUGGGCUACGAAAUGUACCGUCUGCUUUCAUUGAAGAAAUCCUUUGCUACGGGCAGAAAGAAAAAAAGCAAAAAGCAAACUGGCCCUGUCAUUAUUGAUGUGGAUGAAGAAGAUCGUCAGCAGGAGCUCUUAAAAGGAAUUGAGAAAGCUUUAUCCCGGCCUGGACCAGAUGUGGUCAUCUGUGAUGAGGGACACCGGAUAAAGAAUUGUCAUGCAAGCACCUCUCAGGCUUUGAAAAACAUCCGAUCUCGGCGAAGGGUAGUACUGACUGGCUAUCCUCUGCAGAACAAUCUAAUUGAAUACUGGUGUAUGGUAGACUUUGUGCGCCCGGACUUUCUUGGUACCCGGCAGGAAUUCAGUAAUAUGUUUGAGCGCCCUAUCCUGAAUGGACAGUGUAUUGACAGCACCCCCCAAGAUGUUCGUCUGAUGAGGUAUCGCAGUCAUGUCCUGCAUAGCCUGUUGGAAGGUUUUGUACAAAGGCGAGGGCAUAAUGUGCUGAAAGUUCAGCUUCCCUAUAAGGAAGAACACGUUAUCUUGGUGCGUUUGUCAAAAAUCCAGCGGGCUCUUUAUACUGAGUUCAUGAAUCGGUUUCGUGAUGUAGGCAACAGUGGCUGGCUGGGACUGAACCCACUUAAAGCUUUUUGUGUUUGUUGUAAGAUAUGGAAUCACCCUGAUGUGCUAUAUGAAGCAUUGCAAAAAGAAAAUUUGGCAAAUGAGCAAGAUCUGGAUGUGGAUGACCUUGGCACAGCUGGUACCAAUUCACGCUGCCAGUCCCAGGGCAUAAAAGUGAAAACAGAGAGCAAUGCUCUGCCAUCUCCAGUUGGGGAGGCUACCAAUAGCAAGUACAUUCAGGGCAUUGGCUUCAGCCCCUUUCAGGAGAGAGCCAAUCAGGUUGUAACAUAUGAAUGGGCUAAAGACAUCCUUUGUGAUUAUCAGACAGGAGUCUUACAAAAUUCACCUAAGAUGGUGCUGUUGUUUCAUCUAGUAGAAGAAAGUGUGAAACUAGGAGAUAAAAUACUGGUGUUCAG